AUGCGGGCAAUUCAAGUAUUUGGCUUCUUCGGCCUCGUCAGCGCGGAAAAUGGGCUUGACGGAUGGCUGCGAUAUGCAAGACUUCCAGACCAUGUGCUGGAGCAUGCCAGGAUCCCAUCCACAAUUGUUGCACUGAAUGACUCCAGUGCCAGUCUCUUGUUUACGGCUGGGCAAGAGCUGCAAAAGGGCGUCGAAGGUCUUUCGGGCGAGAAGCUCGAAGUUAGUUCGCAUUUCAGUAGCCAACAAUCCAGCAUCGUAGUUGGGACUCUUGAUUUACUUAGAGCAACUGCAGCUCAGAUCAUUGGCUACAAUGAACGAAGUGCUCUGUACGGAGCCUUCAAAUACUUGUCAAUGCUGGCUCAAGGGAACUUUUCAGAGGUGGCCUAUUCCAGCAAUCCCAGUGCCCCGAUCCAAUGGGCGAAUCAAUGGGACAACCUCGACGGCAGCAUAGAAAGAGGCUAUGCGGGACCGUCGAUAUUUUUCAAGAAUGGCGGAAUUCUUGGUAACCUGACCCGAGUCGCACAAUAUGCCCGUCUGUUGGCAUCAGUUGGUAUCAACGGAGUAGUGGUAAACAACGUAAAUGCAGCGUUGGCUGCGAAUAUCCCCCUCCUGAAUUCAUCAAACAUUGAGGGUCUAGGCCGGAUAGCUGAUGCUAUGAGGCCAUGGGGGGUUCGAUUGGCGAUCUCACUGGAUUUUGAUGCGCCGAGGAACAACGGUAAUUUGUCCACCUCAGAUCCGCUCGACGCUUCCGUCAUCGAUUUCUGGACCGACAAGACCGCAGAAUUGUACCAACAUGUCUUCGACUUGGCCGGCUUCCUCGUGAAAGCCAACUCGGAAGACCAGCCCGGACCUCUCACAUACAACCGCACAUUGGCCGACGGGGCGAAUUUGUUCGCAAAAGCAUUGCAGCCACAUGGUAACGGAGUGGUGAUGUUCCGUGCUUUCGUUUACGACCAUCACCUAAACGAGACAAAUUGGAAGAACGAUCGUCCCAACGCUGCCGUGGAUUUCUUCAAGCACCUAGAUGGUCAAUUUGACGACAAUGUGGUCAUACAGAUCAAAUAUGGCCCCAUCGACUUCCAGGUUCGCGAGCCGCCUUCACCACUGUUCGCAAAUCUGUUAGAAAGCAAUAUCGCUAUCGAAUUACAAGUUACGCAAGAAUAUGUGGGCCAGCAAAACCAUCUUGUCUACUUACCACCACUGUGGAAAACAAUACUAGAUUAUGAUCUGCGGGUCGAAAACGAGACAUCGGUGAUUGGUCGAGAUACAUUGUCUGGAAAGAGAUUUAACAGGACUCUUAAUGGCUAUUCCGCCGUGAUCAACGUAGGGACAAAUACCACGUGGCUUGGUCAUCAUCUUGCUAUGUCGAAUUUCUACGCGUUUGGCCGACUAGCAUGGAACCCACAGGAAAAUGAAGUCGAUAUCGUGCAGGAAUGGACCCGUCUGACGUUUGGCCUCAACAAAGAAGUCGUCGAUACAGUCACUGAAAUACUCACGGACAUAACUGGUCCUCACUAUGGCCCCAACCCUGCUUCGCAGGACGACAACGGCUGGGGCCAGUGGACGCGAGCGGAUGCAACUACCAUAGGAAUGGACCGAACCGUCUGGAAUGGUACCAGCUUCUCCGGUCAGUAUCCGCCGGAGAUAGCCGCAAAAUAUGAGCAGAUCAAAACCACACCAGACGAGCUGCUCCUCUGGUUUCAUCAUGUGCCAUACACUCAACGCCUCAAGUCCGGCAAGACGGUCAUACAACACUUCUAUGACGCACAUUAUGCUGGCGCGGAGAAAGUGCAGGCAUUCACAAGUCAGUGGGCGUCCCUCAAAGGUCUGAUCGACGAGCAGCGCUUUGGUGAGGUUGCAUUCCGCUUGGAGUACCAGACAGGCCAUGUGAUUGUCUGGCGGGACGCUAUUAAUGAUUUUUAUCGGAACAAAUCAUCGAUACCAGACGAGAAUGGGCGUGUGGGCAAUCAUCAGUGGCGUAUUGAAGCUGAGGAUAUGGACUUCAGUGGGUACCAAGUCGUUUUCGUGUCGCCGUUUGAGACAGCGUCGAAUACAAAGGCAAUCCGGACGUCUUCCAAUGAUACAGCCGGAACGGCGACCACCACUUUAGAUGUUCCGUCUGGUGUAUACGAUAUAGCGGUCAAUUACUACGAUGUGAUUGGAGGCUGCGCCAGCUAUGAGAUCUCUCUCAACGACAAGCUCCUGGGAAGCUGGGUGGGCGAUCUUGAAGACAAACUCGGCAAUACCUUCUCAUCUCAGUUGAACGGCCACUCGGCAACACGCAUCUAUUUCAAAGGUAUCCACAUAAACAAUGGAGAUGAACUGACAAUUGAAGGGACUCCCGACGGGGCGGAGCCCGCACCGUUAGAUUAUGUGUCCAUACUGCCUGUCGGCGUUAUUGAUUAA